AUGUCAUUGUCACUCGAUACCAUUCCCCAAGAGGUGCUAGAACAUAUUGCAUUCUUCACGGCAACCCAGAGCUUUUUAGGCCCGCCAUCUUCCCUCAUUCCUCUUCUCAACACCAAUCGAAGGAUCAACACUCGAUUAUCCAUCAUCGCUAAUAAAUCUCUUUACGCGCGUAUCUUUGUAUUCAAGUUCGACGUCGGCGCGCCCGUAGCGCGUUUUGGUUCGGUCAGACUCUCUGCUUCUGCACUGUCACACGAGCUCCAGCUGCGAUUCGAGUUAUUUCAUCGCAUCCGAGGACGGUCCGAUGCAAAGUCUGUGAAUUUAACGGAUGGUGACGGUCUCAGCGACCUGUUGCUUCACGCAUAUCUCAUCAUGCUGGAGAAUGAGGGAAAGAACGAACGACAGUUGAAGGAUUAUGCAAAGAUGGGCGAUUGGCUUCGCGAGUUUUGGUUUGACGAACAGGGGGCGUCAAAGUCUAUCGUUCAUAUCCGUUCGGGCAAAUGGCCACCCGGUAGCAGGACCACGGCCCUUGCAAUGUGGCUUUUCUGGUUCUUGCUGACGCCCAGCGAUUACAUGAUUAUCGACGGGCCUGAAUCGCCUAUCAAUAUUCUGAAGAUCCACGCUUCGGCAGCGCACAUAUACAAUCUAAGCACGCUUCCCUUCACGAAUUUUGAGGCUAAAGCUUCAUCCAAACCAGCAGACAGUAUCUCCUACUAUCUAGACUGCUUUGAAUUGUCUCCCCUUCCUCUCGCAAUGCCGGCUAUCCUCGCGUUUCUUGCUUUGAUAAACACGUCCCGUUCGGUGCCCCUUCCGCCUACCGAUCCGGCGAUACAUUUCAAACCAAGUAGCGAGUGGGACUGUGAAUGGAGAAGGGGUCUGAUUCUCGGCCAAGGUCGAGCGAAUACGGAUGUCACAGCAUGUUUUGAACCUGGAAGCCUCGAGGGAGUAUGGGAAGGCUUCUUCACUUAUACCGAAUUCACUUCAUACGUCGAAUUACUUCAUGGAGCGCCUCCUCAGAUCUUUCACAGGAGUGCCCUCGGACGGCACCAACAUACUUGGAAACUCCGUGAACAUCACCUUGUGAACCAAGACUUAUGCUUUGCGUUACCCGCCGGUGACCCUCUCAGCUCUUUCUUCCCGACCGAUACCCACAUCAGAGAACAUCCCGAUGGGCUGCUCGUUUCCGAGCCAGGACGGAAAGUACCUAUUCAUUAUCAGCGGUCUACCCGGGGUCAGCCUGGUAUCAAGUCAUCUGUUCAAGACGUUAUCGUCACUGGAGAGGGUCACUCGGCUUGGGGCCAGUUUAACAUCAUCGGGAGAGUCAGGCCAUAUGACGGCUUUAUCAGUCUUUCAAAAGCUUAUGUCGAGGACGGUAGAGGCAGAUGGCUGUACCGCGGUUAUUUGGUUGGCAAUGGUAAUGGUAACUUUGCAGGACGCUGGAGAGAUACCGUGAGUGCAAUUGAUAGCCCCGGCUAUGAAGGAUGCUUUGCGAUGAGUAGGCGUCGGUGA